UUCCCCCUCCAAUAGGCUCACCACCUAUAGGAGAGGCCAUAGGGGUCAGGUGCAAUGUGAGUUGGGCAGCAGCCAAAGGCGGGGACCUUGGCCGUCCGAUCCUCGUCUGCAGAAGCUAGCUCUAAGGACAUGGAAUGUCACCUCUCUGAUGGGGAAGGAGCCUGAGCUGGUGCGCGAGGUUGUGAAGUCGGGCUCACCUCGACGCACGGCUUGGGCUCUGGAACCAGUCUUCUUGAGGGGGGUUGGACAUGGGGGUUUUCCACUCUGGAGUUGCCCGUGGGGAGAGGCGCUGAGCGGGGGUGGGCAUACUUAUUGCCCCCUGGCUGGGCGCCUGUACAUUGGGGUUUACCGCAGUGGACGAGAGGGUAGCCUCCCUUCGCCUUCGAGUGGGGGGACGGGGCCUGACUGUUGUUUGUGCUUAUGCGCCACACAGCAGUUCAGAAUACCCACCCUUUUUGGAGUCCUUGGAAGGGGUGUUGGAGAGCGCUCCUCCUGGGGACUCUCUUGUUCUGCUGGGGGACUUCAAUGCUCACGUGGGCAAUGACAGUGAGACCUGGAUUGGCGUGAUCGGGAGGAAAGGCCCCCUCGAUCUGAACCCGAGUGGUGCUUUAUUAAUGGACUUCUGUGUUCAUCACGGAUUAUCCAUAAUGAGCACCAUGUUCAAGCAUAAGGGUGUCCAUAUGUGCACUUGGCACCAGGACACCCUAGGCCGCAGUUCAAUGAUCGACUUUGUAGUCAUGUCAUCGGACUUGCGGCCGCAUGUCUUGGACACUUGGGUGAAGAGAGGGGCGGAGCUGUCAACUGAUCACUACCUGGUGGUGGGUUGGCUCCGCUGGUGGGGGAGGAAGCCGGCAAGGCCUGGCAGGCCCAAGCAUAUAGUGAGGGUCUGCUGGAAACGUCUGGCAGAAUCCCCUGUCAAGAGGAGUUUCAACUCCUACCUCCGGCAGAACUUCUCCCAUAUCCCGGGGGAGGCAGGGGACAUUGAGUCCGAAUGGGCCAGGUGACCGGAGCUGUGGCCGUAAGAUGGUUGGUGCCUGUCGCGCAGGCAAUCCCCGAACCCGCUGGUGGACACCGGUGGUGAGGGAUGCCGUCAAGCUGAAGAAGGAGUCCUAUCGGGCCUUUUUAGCCUGUGGGACUCCGGAGCCAGCUGAUAGGUACCGGCGGGCCAAGCGGGAUGCGGCUUCGGCGGUUGCUGAGGAAAAAACUCGGGUGUGGGAGGAGUUUGGCGAGGCCAUGGAAAACGACUUCCGGACGGCUUUGAGGAGAUUCUGGUCCACCAUCCGGCGGCUCAGGGCGGGAAAGUGGUGUAACAUCAACCCUGUUAUGAACUGUCACGACUGAGCGGGACUUGAUGAAGAUGUACAAUCCUUGGUGGAGAAAAAAGGAGGAUCGCUCUGCUGAGUUUCGCUCUAACCUGACCAACAAAUGCAACGCAGUAUCCAAAGCCAUCAUCACUCAGGCGAACACCCCAGUCGGAAAGAAGGUCGUAUACGAUGGUGAAAAAGCAAAGAUGGAAGAAGUAACACGCAAACUCUUCAGCAUCUUUGUUAAGGUGUCACCCUUUGGGAAUGUGACAUGGGAGACAUGUGCUGUCGUUGGAAAUGGCGGGAUCCUCAGCAACAGCAGCUGCGGACAGGAGAUAGACUCUGCCCAGUUUGUCUUCAGGUGCAACCUCCCUCCUCUGGGUAAGGAUUUCAAGAAACAUGUCGGCAACAAAACAAACCUUGUGACAGCCAAUCCCAGCAUCCUUUUGGAAAAGUUCGAAGGACUCACAGAAAGGCGCCGACCCUUUGUGGAGAGCAUGGCUAGCUAUGGGGAUGCCCUGCUCCUGAUUCCUGCAUUUUCUUACACGCGCAACAUGGCUGUGUCACUGCGUGCUGCCUACACACUAGAGGAGUUCCAAAGCCCGGCACGGACUGUCUUCUUCAGCCCGUCAUAUUUGCGGAGCCUGGCUCAGUUUUGGAAAGAACAGGGCCUUCAGGUCCCCCGGCCCAGCAGCGGGCUGAUUGUGGCCAGCCUGGCACUGGAGCUGUGCAGCGAAGUGAGGCUGUAUGGCUUCUGGCCGUAUCCACUGCACCCUGACACUCACCAGACUCUCACAAACCAUUACUAUGACAACCAGCAGAGUAUGCGGACAGUGCACAAUAUGCCUGCCGAAUUCAGGCACCUGCUGCGGCUUCACAGCCAAGGUGUGCUUAGGGUUCACCUCGGGGAAUGUGCAGCUAGAAGAGCAAUGAGCUUCUAUGAGGUUUGACAGCUUGGCAAAGCAUAGCUUUCUCUGGGAUUUUUUGAGUAAAUAUACUCUUCUGUUGUAUAUUGUCUCCUGAUGAUGGCCUCUCUGUUAAAUUGUUUCCAGGUACACAUUUAACACUAAGGACUUGUCUGUAAAGUUGUUUUCUAUUGCACUGUUGAUAUUUUAUCAGUUUGAUCCAAAGUUGUACAGGGAAAAAAAAUCUAAUCAGAAGAAUUACUCAUAGAUUUUAAAAUGACCAUGUUAAAUCAUUGCAGGAUGCAGUCAUUCUAAAGCAGCAUAUCAGCUCAUAUGUUCCGGGUACUGUGUGAUGGAUGCUAAACCGGCCAAAGAUUUAUUUUAAGGAUAAAAAGGUUUGGAAAUAAUUUUAACAAAAUGAACUUAUUUUGUACCACAUAAUAUUACCUAACCCCAGGCAAAUUUAGCCAUCCAUUUUCUGUACCCGCUUGUUCUAUUUAGGGUUGCAAGAUCUGGGCACGAGGCAGGGUACAACCCAGGAUAGGGUGCCAGCCUAUCAUAGUACACACUCACACAUUUUCGCAUUCACAAUUUGGUAACUCCCACUGACCUCAGCAUGUUUUUGGAUUGUGGGGGGGGAAACUGGAGUGCCUAGUGGAAACUCCACGAUGACAUGGGAAGAACAUGCAAACUCCACACACAUCAAGCCAGGGUGGAGACUCAAACACUGGUCCCAGAGGCAACAGUGCUAACCACUGCACCACCAUGUCAUCCUAGGCAAAUUUAUGGAAAACAUAAAUGGGAAAUUUUUCCUUUUACAAUCUAUAGAGAGGGGAUGCCCAAUAUUGUGUAAUGUAGCCAUAAUAAGUUACCCUCCAUCCAAACUCAAAUAAUAUUGGUGCAACCAUUAAGCUUAUGACCACUAAAGGGCACCAAUUCAUUAUUUACCUAAAGUUGUUAGUUGUGAAAGUGCUUCACUGCAACAAAUAUGAUUUAAAAAUCAUUAUUGGGUUCUCUUAUAAUGAAUAGUCACAAGAACAUUGUUUAAGCGGGUACCAUUUUUAUGUUUUCACAGCUCUUUCCCUUCAUAAUUCAACUAUUCAUGAAACUGAAUAAUCCCUUAACAUUGCUGUACAUAGACUACUCUCCAACCUUUUUCCCACUGGAUGAUUAUAUUUUAUGCUAAUAACUAUAACAAUUUAACAUGUCAAAGAUGUCAAAUGUCAUUCUGAAAUGGGUGUUUUGGCAUAUCUGUGGGUUUAUAGUAAAUAAGUUAUCGCCAGACUUA